UGAAUGUAGUAUUUGACGAAGAUAGCUUAGUUUACGAAAUUUUGUUUCUUUGCUACCUAGUAUUACUAUUAUUAUUAACAAGUACUAGUUAAGUAAAUUAUGAAUUAGCAAGUGCAAUAGUUUGUUAAAUAUGUUUGUAAUUUAAAUGUAUUUUAGUUCUGUUUGAAGUAUUUGUUUUUAGCUUCAAGUUGAAAGUUCAACAUGUCCAUUCAAUUUCAAACAAAUGAAGCGUCGGCAGAAAGCUUAAAUAGACCUAAAUACGACGAAACAGUCGAUGUACGCCCACUCCCCGUUGUUUUUUGUGGUAGCACUAGCAGUGUUGAACUGACAGACGAUUUUUCGUCUUCUGCAGAAGGAGAUAUAGUAAUUAAUAAUAUCAGGCAACAGCCUAAAAUUACAACUGAAGGGUCCAGCUGGUAUGCUGCUGUUUUUCUGGUUGUCAAUGCUGCUCUUGGAGCUGGACUUCUUGAUUUUCCACAGGCAUUUGAUCAAGCUGGGGGAAUACUUGUAGCCAUUAUAGUACAAGCAGUUCUGAUAGCUUUUGUGGUUGGUGCUUUGGUCAUCUUGGCUUAUUGCUCCGAUAGAAAUAACAGCUCAACUUAUCAAGAAGUUGUGUUAGCUGUAUGUGGAAAAAAAGUUCAACAGUUGUGUGCUGUCACAGUCAUUCUUUAUUGUUAUGGAACUUGCAUCACAUUCAUUAUUAUCAUUGGAGACCAGUUUGAAAGAGUUUUUGCAUCAUUGUAUGGAAAUGACUUCUGCCAUUACUGGUAUAUGAACAGGAAUUUUACUAUGAUAACCAGUUGUGUUUUACUUAUCUUGCCAUUAUGUUUUCCUCGAAGAAUAGACUUUCUCAAAUAUGCAAGUACUGUGGGAGUCCUUGCUGUGUUGUAUGUAGUUUUUCUAAUUAUUUACAAAUACUAUGAAGGUAGUCAUGAAGCAGGACCAAUAAAAACAAGCCCUGAUGUGUGGACAGAGCUUUUUCUAGUUGUACCAGUUAUUUGUUUUAGUUAUCAGUGCCAUGUUAGUUGUGUUCCUGUGUAUUCUUGUCUGAAAGACCGAAGAGUUAGUGUUUUCCUGAAGACCGUAAUUGUGGCAAUCUUGAUCUGCAUGUUUACCUACACUGUUGCUGCCACCUUUGGGUAUCUAACCUUUGGUUCCCUUGUCACUAGUGAUAUCUUGGAGUCGUAUGAUGCCAAUGAUCCUGUUGUAUUAGUGGGAAUAGUGGCCCUUGCUGCUAAAACGUACACUACGUACCCUAUCCUUUUGUUCUGUGGCAGAACAGCAAUUGACGACAUCUAUAUUCAAGUAAGGAGUUUACCUCCUGAACUUGCAGCUAGAGGUGAACGAAUGAGAAGAAUCAUUACUGCUCUUGUUUGGUUUAUUACAACUUUAACUUUAGCAGUUGUUACACCCAACAUUGGAGUAGUGAUCCAGCUGCUAGGGAGUUUAGCUGCAGUCUUCAUUUUCGUAUUUCCAGGACUCUGUCUCUUACAAGAAACCCUUCGAAAAGAUCCCUCAAUAAUUCUACUAAAAGACAAGUUCUUAGUUUUUGUUUCUGGAGUAUUUCUUGCCAUAGGAAUGGGCAUUUUUGGGUUGGUUUUAACUCAAUCCAUUGCAGAAGACAUCAACAGUCCUAGUGAAGUAGAAAGAAUAAAUCUCUAUGUGUAGAAAAUCUGUUGCAUGUAUCAAUAUCUGGACAACGUGAGAGUAACAGAAACUGUAUGACAAAGUGAGAAAGACUGAGACUGUAUGACAAAGUGAGAACGAGUGAAGCUGUACGACAAAGUGAGAAAGACUAAAACUGUAUGACCAAGUGAGAACGACUGAAGCUGUACGACCAAGUGAGAACGACUGAAGCUGUACGACCAAGUGAGAACGACUGAAGCUGUACGACCAAGUGAGAACGACUGAAGCUGUACGACAAAGUGAGAACGACUGAAGCUGUACGACCAAGUGAGAGUAACAAACUAUACACCAAAGUGAGAGUAACAAACUAUACGCCAAAGUGAGAACGACUGAAACUACUCAUAAGUCAAUAGUUUUAGCAAAUUAAAAAUUUAAUUUAAAAUGUUCUCAUGGUAUUUGGAAAUUUAAACUUGCUUGUGCUUGGCUGCAUAUUUUACAAGCAUGGAGCAAACAAACUCACUUUCUUUCAUAUUUUUUGAGGCAUGUUAAGAGUCUCAAUCAUAAUUGUAGUAGCAUAUAUCAAUUGAGAAAUUUCUUAGUGAUUCUUGUUAUAAUUAUGGCAUGCAACUUUUCAAUUAUCUACAGUCUCAAUCAUAAUUUUAGUGUCAUAUUGUAUAAUCAACUUGCAUACUAUACUAAAAUGAUGUAUACAUUUUUAUAAUUUUAUUUUUUGCUCAUAAUCUUUAUCAGCUUGUUAUAUUUCAAAAUAGUCUUUUCUGAUCUUUCCAAAUGUUUAGGUUUUGCACACAUUACAAAACCAUAAGUGAUAGAUAUUAUAAAGUCAUGUAUGGUUUUUAGCUGUAUUUCAUCCUUUAAAAAUAUGUGUUAUUUUCAAGGUCAUAACAAUUGUAAAAUAAUCGAAAGUGCUAUGGAGUAUUGGAGUAUAUUUUAUCAAACUCUUUAUUAAUUUCUUUGUAUUCCAGUACCUUUUAUUUAGAAGUGUGCAUCAUCAAUGAUUUUGUAUUCAAAUUGUAAAUGAUGUUUCAAAAAAAUAUAUAUACAAAUAUUUGUAAGGUAGGUUAGUACCUCUGAUAAUUUCUGCGGUUUGUUGUAGUUGUUGCUCUUGUUGUAAACAAAAAAAAAAGGAAAUAUUGAUUUCAAGUUGUUGUAACUUUUAAUAUUGAAGGUGGCAUUACAACUAAUACUUGAAGUAGCAAAUGGUACAAAAUUUUAUGUACUUCAUUAUAUAUCACUAUAUCUUUACUUUUCCACGAGCUGUUUAUGACUGAAAAUUGUUACAAAUUGUAGUAUCAUUGAUAGACAAAAUAUUUGCCAGUAUAAUUCUUGAGAUAAUAAUGAGUAUUUCAUUGUUCUAAAUAGGGAAUGUUAAAAAAAUUAAUGAAAGCUAUCAACAAUGGUAGAUUAUUUUAUUGAAGUGUACAUACAAAAAAUAAUGACAUUUCUCAGAAAGCUGCUACAAAAUCUAAAUUAAUGUUGCUGGUCGUAUACAGCUUUUGAAUAAUAAACUUGAAUACUUGUUCUUUUAUAUUGAAUACACCAUCAAAUAUCCUACAAAACAUGCCCCCCCCCCCCAGUGGCACAGCGGUAUGUCUGCGGACUUACAACGCUAGAAACCGGGUUUCUAUACCUGUGGUGGGCAGAGCACAGAUAGCCCUUUGUGUAGCUUUGUGCUUAAUAACAAACAACAACCUACAAAACAAAUUCACCAUUUCCAUUACAAAUUGAUCAUUAUUUUGGCUGAUGUGAUAUUUUGACUUU